AUGGGUAUCCUCUCUGUGCAAGCUGCUAACGGCAUCCUGUGGCCGAUGUACGGCGUAUUGCUUAUCACGGCAUGCGGAAUCGCGUACUGGAAGAAAGACGCCAAAACAUUCCUCUCGGCCAACGGCACGCAGAAAGGCGUGCCGCUGGCAUUCAACUUCGUGGCAUCGGCCCUGGGAGUUGGCGUGUUCACUACGUACCCGCAGAUCGCCAACAUCAGCGGGCUGCACGGACUGCUGGUGUACGCGCUGGCCGGCGGGCUGCCCAUGUUCCUGUUUGCGUUUUUUGGGCCCGUAAUCCGGCGCAAGGUGCCAAACGGGUUUGUGCUGACGGAGUGGGUGUUCCAGCGGUACGGCAAGGUGUGCGGGCUGUACCUCAGCGCGUGCACGAUCCUGACGCUGUACCUGUUCAUGGUCAGCGAGCUCGCGUCGCUCAAAUUCUGCAUCCAGAGCCUGACCACGGUGCGCGCACUGCCCGUGGUGAUCGUGGAGUGCGUGGUGACCACGAUCUACACUACGGUGGGCGGGUUCCACAUCUCGUUCAUCACGGACUCGAUGCAGGUGUCCGUGGUGUUCGCGCUGCUGGUGGUCGUGGCGUGCGCCAUGGGCUCCUACAUCCACAUCGACACGUCCAAGAUCGGGCCCUCGGGCCUGCUCAAGCAGAAUAAGCUCGGCUGGCAGCUGGUAUACAUCCUUGUGGUCGCCAUCUUCACAAACGACUUUUUCAUGAGCGGCUUCUGGCUGCGGACCUUCGCCGCGCGCUCCGACCGUGAUCUGCUGAUCGGCUGCUCGCUGGCCUUCGUCGUGCUUGUCAUCAUGGUCUCGCUCAUCGGCGUCACGGGCUUCAUCGCCGUGUGGGCCGGCCUGGUCGACGUCGCGGACCAGGACCUCGGCGGCUCCAGCUUCUUCGUCCUGCUCACCGCCAUGCCCGACUGGGUCAUGGGUUUUGUCCUGGCCUUUGCCGUCGUCCUCUCCACCUGCACCCUGGACUCUCUGCAGAGCGCCUUGGUCUCCACCAUCUCUAACGACGUCUUCCGCAACAAGCUUCCGCUCGUCUACGCGCGUGGCCUCGUCGCCCUCAUCAUGGUUCCUGUUGUUGUGGUGGGCCUCAUCGCCGAGGACGUCCUCAGCAUCUUCCUGAUCGUCGACCUGCUGUCCAGCGCGGUCGUACCCGUGCUCAUGCUCGGCCUUUCGUCCCGCUUCUUCUUCCUAUCAGCGUGGGAGGUGGUCGGCGGUGGCCUUGGUGGCAUCUUUGCCGUGUGGAUCUUCGGCACUGUCUACUACGACUCACCUCGUGAAGGCGGCCGUCUACUGCUUGUAUCAAACGGUCUCUACGGCCAGGACUCGAAGGGUGUCUACGGUAACGAUUGGUCUGCUUUCGGAGCCUUUGUCGUGGCCCCAUUUGGCGGCAUCCUGGUCGGUUUCCUCAUCCUCGCAAUCAGAACGGCCGUCAACUACACGCGCUGCAGAAUGCAUAACCUGAAGUUCAACAUGUAUAAAAAAACAGCUUUGGUCGAAGAGCCAGAGCACAACGAGCCAGUGCUCGAAGAGGACGCGACCAUCAAAAAGACCUUCACAUCGCGCACCUCCGAGGUCAGCGAAUACGCUUGA